GAAGCAAUGGUCGUAUUCCCGGUUUGUCUGUGCUUACAAAAACAGAUACCUUUACAGCAUUACCUUUCAUCUGUGAAAUUAAAAGUCCAUCAUAUAUGAAAAGGCUAUCAACCAAAGAUAGCCUAAACCCAGACUUUAUAAAACCUGAUAAUAUUACGAAAGAUGAUCUGGAACAUAUGCUAUCAACUGAUGGCACUGCUGUUCUUGGUUUACUCGUGGAAGGUAACAGGCAAGCUUUAUCUAUAUAUACAACCUUUGGCUAUUUCUAUAUGGGUUAUGGGGCCAUGCUUUAUGCCAUAGACUUUUCAUCUACUCAUAGAACUUGGAAAAGAAACCAUACUGCUUCCAGUUACCUUUUACCAAACAUGUUAGAAAAAUAGGACAUGAUCUCUUGCUUCACCUUAUCAUUCGCAGU